UUUGUUAUCACAUUAUGUUGAGACACAAAAAGAGCCACAGUCUCAGAGAGAGAGAGAGAGAGAGAGAGAGAGAGAGAGAGAGAGAGAGAAAGAGAGAGCAUCCUGGAGAGAGAGAUAGAAAAGAGGAUGAUAAGACAACAUUCCUAACCUCCUGUCAGUGAGAGAGAGCCGCACAGAGGACAGCAGAGGAGCCUCCCAACCAACCCAGGUCCUCCACAGUCCCUCCUAGUCUUCACUUUGUUCCACAUCCAGAAGAGGACCCGUUACCCUGUGCUGUGCUACCUACGGCUUUUUACCCUGCUCUCCUGUGAACCCUACCCGUACUGCUCGUUGCCGUGCUCUUCUGUGAAGCCUACCCAUACUGCUCGUUGCCGUGCUCUUCUGUGAACCCUACCCAUACUGCUCGUUGCCGUGCUCUUCUGUGAACCCUACCCAUACUGCUCGUUGCCGUGCUCUUCUGUGAACCCUACCCAUACUGCUCGUUGCCGUGCUCUUCUGUGAACCCUACCCAUACUGCUCGUUGCCGUGCUCUUCUGUGAACCCUACCCAUACUGCUCGUUGCCGUGCUCUUCUGUGAACCCUACCCAUACUGCUCGUUGCCGUGCUCUUCUGUGAACCCUACCCGUACUGCUCGUUGCCGUGCUCUUCUGUGAAUCCUACCCGUACAGCUCUUUACUGUGCUCUUCUGUUCAAUAACAACGCUACUGCUGCUUCGUCCUACACCUGCUGUUGACAGCCAGACCAACGUCGACUAGUCAGCUACUCCUCGACCCCAUCACUGCACUGGGCAGGCACACCACUUCCUCCUCACUGCACUGGGCAGGCACACCACUUCUUCCUCACUGCACUGGGCAGCCACACCACUUCUUCCUCACUGCACUGGGCAGCCACACCACUUCUUCCUCACUGCACUGGGCAGGCACACCACUUCUUCCUCACUGCACUGGGCAGGCACACCACUUCUUCCUCACUGCACUGGGCAGCCACACCACUUCUUCCUCACUGCACUGGGCAGCCACACCACUUCUUCCUCACUGCAGUUCUCUCAAGCAGUACACGCUGUCUGAGAAGAACACUGGUGGACGGUGCGACAGUGAAUCUCAUCAGGUAACUUCCUGUUUCCAGACGGUGGGUCAGUGAAUCUCAUCAGGUUACUUCCUGUUUCCAGACGGUGGGUCAGUGAAUCUCAUCAGGUUACUUCCUGUUUCCAGACGGUGGGUCAGUGAAUCUCAUCAGGUAACUUCCUGUUUCCAGACGGCGGGUCAGUGAAUCUCAUCAGGUAACUUCCUGUUUUCAGACGGUGGGUCAGUGAAUCUCAUCAGGUAACUUCCUGUUUUCAGACGGCGGGUCAGUGAAUCUCAUCAGGUUACUUCCUGUUUCCAGACGGUGGGUCAGUGAAUCUCAUCAGGUUACUUCCUGUUUCCAGACGGCGGGUCAGUGAAUCUCAUCAGAGAUGAAGAUACAGACCACCCCCACCAUGGACAUGGACGCCCUGACGUCCAUCCUGUCCAACGCGUCUUCAGAGAGUAGCUGUGCUCCUGUAGAUAACACUGUGGAGAACAUGGUGUUUGGAGGUUACUACAUUCUGGUCUUCCUCCUGGCGCUCAAUGGUAACGCCUUGGCCCUCUGGAUCUUCUCCCGGCAGCGUGGCACAUCCUCUCCCGCUAACGUCUUCCUGCUGCACCUGGCUGUGGCCGACCUCUCCUACGUCAUAAUCCUGCCGCUCCGCGCCACAUACCACCUCACGGGAGGCCACUGGCCGUUCGGCGAGGUUCCGUGUCGAGUCGCCGGCUUCCUGUUUUAUGUCAACAUGUACGCAAGUCUCUACUUCUUGGCGUGCGUGGCUGGCGAUCGCUACCUGGCCGUGGUGCACGCCGUGAGGUCACUGAAGAUCCGCCGUGCCCGCUACGCCCACACCAUCAGUUUUUCCCUGUGGGUGCUGGUCACCGUCUCCAUGGCGCCCCUGCUGGUCACCCGCCAGACUGCGGAGGUGGACGGGAUGACGGUGUGUCUGCAGCUGUACAGGGAGAAAGCCUCCCGCAAGGCCCUCGUCUCUUUAGCCAUAGCCUUCACCCCUCCUUUCCUCUCCACACUGUCCUGCUACCUGCUCAUCAUCCACAGCCUGAGGAGAGGAUCCCGACUGGAGCCCCAGCUGAAGCUGCGAGCCCUGAGGACCAUCGGCCUGGUCAUGCUGAUCUAUGUGGUGUGCUUCCUGCCGUACCACGCCUCCAGAGCCACGUUCAUCCUGGGGUACGCCCACCCAGAUGUCUCCUGCCAGACCAGGCGGGGUCUGUCCCUGGCCAACCGCAUCACCUCCUCCCUCACCUGUCUAAACGGGGGCCUGGAUCCUCUGGUGUACCUUUUUGGGGCCGAGAAGUUCCGGGGAACAGUGAGGAGGCUGUUCUUUAGAGACAGGGCCGGGGGAUCAGGGGCCACCAGUGCAGGAGAGCUGAAGGGAACACACGAGAGCUCUGUCAGCGCCAAGUCUGAGUUCUGAGAAGCUGGAGGUGGAACCAUCUGAAAUAUCAACUUAAUCUGACGGACUUAUUUUUGAGUCAUUUUUUAAAUACAUUUUUCUACCUGUUUUCACUCAAGCCUCUCAAUACUUAUUUUUAUACCUCCUCUCCUGUCCAUAUGAGACUGUAUCUGUGUUCUCUACUGCCUCUCCUGUCCAUAUGAGACUGUAUCUUUGUUCUCUACUGCCUCUCCUGUCCAUAUGAGACUGUAUCUUUGUUCUCUACUGCCUCUCCUGUCCAUAUGAGACUGUAUGUUUGUUCUCUACUGCCUCUCCUGUCUAUAUGAGACUGUAUCUUUGUUCUCUACUGCCUCUCCUGUCCAUAUGAGACUGUACCUUUGUUCUCUACUGCCUCUCCUGUCCAUAUGAGACUGUAUGUUUGUUCUCUACUGCC